UAAACGUGACGGUCGAAUUAAACAAGGAAGACAAAUAAGCGGAAUCACAUUCACCCCUGUAAAAUUACCGCAAGUUGAAUCGUAAUAAUAAGUUGUUUCGGAUAAAACCAUUAUAACUAAACGCAAAUGCAUAAAGUCAUUUUUUACGGUUAAUAAAAACUAUCUUACGACGGAAAAGGCGAGUCAGAGGAAAUUGAUCCACAGUUUUUGGCGAAGUUAAGUAACACAACGGUCCCCAUAGGACGUGACAUAUCAUUCACUUGUGUUGUUGACAACUUGGGUCAUUAUCGGACUUUAUUUUAGGAUGCCACAAACAAAAAUGAAAUAUUGGGAUCACAUCUAAUUUCUAUGACUUAUUUUGCAGUUAUAAGUAUAUUUGGUACCUGAAUAUUUUGAAUCAAUUGAUAUUCAAUGUUGACAAAAAAGACUGCUCGGAUAAAAAUGUACAACGGAACUUUAGCGUGCAGCAUAGCUUUUAUUCUAAUCAAGGCGAUAACUAUUACUAAAUGCCACGCUGUGGCUCAUAUACAUGGAAAAGGCGAGUCAGAGGAAAUUGAUCCACAGUUUUUGGCGAAGUUAAGUAACACAACGGUCCCCAUAGGACGUGACAUAUCAUUCACUUGUGUUGUUGACAACUUGGGUCAUUAUCGGGUUGCAUGGAUAAAAUCUGAUUCAAAGGCCAUACUUGGUAUACACACCCACAUGGUCUCACUAAAUCCAAGAUUAUCUGUAACACAUAACGGCCACAAUACUUGGAAACUCCAUAUAUCUCGUGUACAGAUAAACGACUCCGGAAGUUAUAUGUGCCAAGUAAAUACAGAUCCGAUGAAGAGCCUUUCCGGAUAUUUAGAUGUUGUUGUACCUCCAGAUAUUUUAAACCACCCAGAACAUAAUCCAGAGGACGGCGUCUGUCAAGAGGGUGGAAGUAUUUCACUUAUGUGCAGCGUGACAGGCGUUCCAAGACCAAAAGUACUGUGGCGACGUGAGGCGGGAAAGGAAAUAAUACUUCGCACGGAUGGUAGAGAUAAAACAGGUUUUAAGUCGGUGGAAGGAGAAAGGCUUGUCUUAACAAAUGUGCAACGUUCUGAUAUGGGAGGAUACAAUUGCAUCGCGUCUAAUGGAAUACCUCCUUCAGUUAGCAAGCGUUUUAACGUUUACGUUAAUUUUUCACCAACAGUUAAAGCCAUAAGUCAGUUGGUUGGAGCACCAGUAGAAAGAGAAGUAACUUUGGAAUGCAUUGUAGAAGUUUUCCCCAAACCUCUUAAUGGUUGGUACCGCAGUGAAGGAAAUAUUAAAUUGCACAACGGAAACAAAUAUAAUAUUUCUGAAGAAGUGAUUAACAUAUACACAUGGCAUCUCAACCUUACCAUAAGACAUCUGACUAAAUCAGAUUUUGGAACUUAUAGUUGUUCCAGCGUUAAUGCCCUCGGUAAAAGUGAAUCACUUAUUCGAUUGCAAGAGCUACGGCUGCCCCCCAAGUUGACUACGACACCAACACCACACAUGCAAACAACAGGAAAAUCCCGACGGAAGCACCCAGCAAGUCACAAGAAGGGCCUGAACGAGGUGUUACGAUUUCAGGAAACGCAUUUCGCAAAUCAAAUUCAACAGGAGAACGAAGAUCAUAACGAAGGGUUUGAUUUGUUAAAGUUCACUAACAGUGAAAAUUCUAAUAUCGUUUUAGAAAGUGGACACAUCAACAGCAUGAUAAACAAAGAGGACGUAAACAUUUAUCAUCCAAAACAAUAUGGUCAAGAAAAGACUAACAAGCCAUCUGGGACCAUACCAUCAACACGUACACCCUGGAUACUCACAAAUGCGGGAUCUCAACGGCCUGCGCUCACUUCGUAUGCAACAGUUGCGUUGAUUACAUCUUUUUGGUUGUUUUUCUGGCGUGUGUUUCACUCUUUAGACUGGGAUGCAAUAAGAGUUUCUUCUGUUGUUCACCAUGUUGUUGUUUUUAAAAGAAGAUCAUAUUUUGAAGCGCCCAAUUAUGCACUCCGCAUCACUGUACUGCAAAUGCUUCAGGAACUAAGGACUUUAGUAAUCGAGCAAUAAAUUUUAUAUUAUGAACAAUGAUGCAUUAUUAUAAAUGCGUUAAUCAGGGAGCAUACUUUUAAAUGACAACAAUCAAUCGUUUGUAUUUAUAUGUUUGAAUUGUCUUAAAUAGUACAUUCUCAGAUAAAAUUGAGUGCAUUUUUUUCAAUUAUAAUUGAAACAUUGUUAUAAUAUCACAUUUAAAACAAAAAAGAGGCAAACAGACCCUAUUGAAUAUUUAUUAUCAUUAUUGAAAUCAAAUGUAUAAAUGAAUAUAUUACCAAUAUUGUAUCUAAAAAAUUACCUUUUAAAUACUCAGAAAGAAAUUACAGGACAAUAAAGUACUACGUAUACAAAUUUACUAUAUAAACCAAAGAAGAGUUUAACAAAUUUUAUUAAUGAAAAUAAAUAAAAUAAGUUUAAC